UAAGAAAGACUUCAAGUAAAAAAAACAAUUCGAACUUCAAAUAAACCAAUUAAUUGAAAAUUUAAGAAUUGCAGUUAGAGUGAAAAGCUGGUGCUACAUUAUUAAUAAAGAGAGUAUAUAUUUAUUAUGGCAUCUGUGCAAGAACGAUUUCAAGCGGCAGUUAAUGUUAUUAAAGGCUUACCAAAACAUGGGCCAUAUCAACCCACUACUACGAUGAUGUUAAAAUUUUAUGGCUUAUACAAACAAGCAACUGAAGGUCCUUGCAAUCAAAGUAAACCGAGAAUAUGGGAUGUCGUGGGUCGAACUAAAUGGGACGCUUGGGAUAAGAAUCGUCAUCUCAGUAAGGAGGAGGCUAUGCAGAAAUAUGUGCAAGAUCUUCAAGAAAUCAUAGAAACUAUGUCUUUUACGGAAAAUGUGCAAAAUUUCGUUGGCAGUUUAUCGGGAUUAGAAAAUAUUAAUUUAGAUGAAUUGGAUAUCAUAGCACCUGGCAUGAAAGAAUUAGCGGAAUCUCAUCCUAAUUCACCGUUCAAUUCACGUACCAAUAGCCCCCAUCAUGGACGUAGUAACAAUGCCGACGCUAUUGCAUCUGAAUCCGUCAUUGGCAGCCAGCAUUUAACUGAAGAAAACUCGGAACAAAUAACUGUGAACACCAGCGAACAGUCUACUGAGAAUGCUAAGAUAAAUGGUAUACGCCUAAUGCCAGUUAACAAAUCACAAAUGGCGGGUGCCACCUCUACCACUUCUACUGUUGACAAUCAAAGCAUGACGAAUGGUAGCAUCGAUCAGUCAGAUGAUGAAUACGUAGAUCCUUUCAAUGAGCAAAGUGAUUUUCAUGAAUCCUUAAUGCAUAACACGCACAUUCUUAAGCAGGUACAACUCACCGUAGCAAAAAUGAACUCCGAUAUAGCUGCCGUUAAUCAACGCCUAAUCGAUUUGGAAAAAUCGGUUAUAAAAAUCCAUCACAUAUUGGGAAAAUCGCAGUCCUUUUUAGCAAAUAAUUCAUCAUCAAUAAUUCAUAGGUCAAAACAUCCUAAUUGGUGGCCAUUUUUAAAUAUAUCUCCUGCUUGGUUCAUUCUUUUGAUACUAUGGCCGUUUGUUAUUAAAAGGGGCGCACAACUGCUUAGCAGGUCUCAUCGUAAAUGAAUUGAAAUAAUAUUUAUUCAUUACUAUUUUCGAAGACAAAAAUCGAGUUAUUGGGCGCAUUAGUUUCGACAAAUACGUUACUUAAAUAAUUUUCUUAAGGAUGUAAGCUUUCAAAUAAUAAUAAAUAAUAAUAAUUGUUUGCUAUAGCUUGGUGCCAAGAUCAGACCAAGCUGGUUUUCUAUGUACAUAUAAAAAUUGCUUAUCGAAUUU